AUGGUACCUCUUUGUCUUUUCCUGUGCUCUGUUUACACAUACAGCCUAUAUUUGCAGCAUUUGUUCAGGAUAACAUGUGGUGAAUAUUUUCCAUGCUUCUCUAAAAAAUCUCCCAUCGUGCAGCAGCCCCCUCCAAAAAAAAAAAAAAAAGAAAAAGAAAAAAAGAAAAAAAAAAUCCGCUCAUGAGGAUAAUUUGAUGACACUCCCUGCCACUGGUGAUUUUUCAUUAUAUCGACUCUCCAGCAGAGACCGCGCCUGCGCUCCUGCUCUCUUCCGAACAAGGCUUCACCAAUCCCCGCUCUGGCUCCAUCCCCGGCUCGGAGUCCCACAGGCCAGCGCUAAUAAGUCGCCUAGCUGUCCAGUAAUGGGGAAGUGAUAGGGAGACGCCGCCGUGUGAAAGCCGUGAGGAAGUUGAGGGGAAGCUCCACGCCGCGCCGGACCGGACACCUCCACAGAGACACAUCCCACAGUUGCUGUUGUUGAGUAGCCUAAAAAAAAGCGCAUAGUGAUGGAGAGAAAGCGUCCCGGCAUGCCGUCUGGAGCGAGGAUGCCCCACCAGGGAGCUCCCAUGGGCCCCCCCGGCCCGCCCUACGGAGGCAGCCCGGCGGUGCGGCCCGGCCUGCCCACCCCGGUGAUGGAGCCCAGCCGUAAGAGGCCCGCCCCCUCCCAGCAGGUCCAGCCGCAGCAGCAGCAGCAGCAACAGCAGCAGCAGCAGGCGGCCCAGAACCGCGCCAGGAAGAAGCCCGUUGGAUUCCCGGGAGCCAAUGAGAUGCCGGCGAGGCAGAUGGACAUGAGAGAGCCCCAAUCAGAUCCCACGCUCGGAUCAAAUGCUAAGAGAAGGAAAAUGGCAGACAAGAUUCUUCCGCAAAGGAUCCGUGAGCUGGUCCCAGAGUCCCAGGCCUACAUGGAUCUGCUGGCGUUCGAGCGCAAACUGGACCAGACCAUCAUGCGUAAACGAGUGGACAUCCAAGAAGCACUGAAGAGACCAAUGAAGCAGCAGAAACGUAAGCUGAGGCUUUACAUCUCCAACACCUUCAACCCAGCCAGGCCUGACGCUGACGACUCUGACGGCAGCAUUGCAUCAUGGGAGCUGAGAGUCGAGGGGAAGUUGCUGGACGAUCCGGGAAAGCAGAAGAAGAAGUUCUCAUCGUUUUUUAAGAGCCUGGUGAUCGAGUUGGACAAAGACCUGUACGGUCCUGACAACCACCUGGUCGAGUGGCACCGCACGCCCACCACCCAGGAGACCGACGGCUUCCAGGUGAAGCGGCCGGGAGACGUGAGCGUGCGCUGCACUCUGCUGCUCAUGCUGGACUACCAGCCUCCCCAGUUUAAGCUGGACCCUCGCCUGGCACGUCUGCUCGGGAUUCACACUCAGACUCGCUCGUGCAUCAUCCAGGCUUUGUGGCAGUAUGUGAAGACCAACAAGCUGCAGGACUCCCAUGACAAGGAGUACAUCAACUGUGACAAGUACUUCCAACAGAUUUUUGACUGCCCUCGGCUGAAGUUCUCUGAGAUCCCUCAGCGCCUCACCAACUUGCUCCUGCCCCCUGACCCCAUCGUCAUUAACCACGUCAUCAGCGUGGACCCCAACGACCAGAAGAAGACGGCCUGCUACGACAUCGACGUGGAGGUGGAAGACCCCCUGAAGAGCCAGAUGAGCAGCUUCCUCCUCUCCACCGCUAACCAGCAGGAAAUUGCCUCGCUCGACAACAAGAUCCAUGAGACCAUUGAGUCCAUCAACCAGCUGAAGAUCCAGAGAGACUUCAUGCUCAGUUUCUCCAGAGAUCCGAAGGGCUACAUCCAGGACUGGCUCAAAUCCCAGAGCCGAGACCUUAAGUUAAUGACAGAUGUAGUAGGCAACCCCGAAGAGGAGAGGAGGGCGGCGUUCUACCACGAACCCUGGUCUCAAGAGGCCGUCAGCCGCUAUUUCUACUGCAAGAUCCAGCAGAGGAGGCAGGAGCUGGAACAGGCCUUGGCGGUCCGCAACACCUAAGAAAAAGCCCUCCUGGAUUUCUGAAUCUGAUUUCAGAGCUGUGUGUGUGUGCGUGCGUGUGUGUGUGUGUUGUGGUGUAUGUGAAACCAUCGCUGAAGUCCGGUGAAACCUUGAACCUCUAAAAACAUUAACUCAACUACGUGGAAUUCAUUUUGGUGAAUAAUGAGCAGGCAGUGAUUUGCAGUGAAAAUAAACGAAGCAGGUUUUCACACGACGGCAGCGAACGCGGCCGUUUGUCUAGGACCACGGUGACGUCAUCGUUGAAAAAAAGAGCACGUUCAGGUGCAGGUUCUGCUUUGUAAAUACUAGAAAAAAGAAAAAAAAAACUCCCUCUCAGCCGGCUGCUCACACACCUCUGUGUUUUCUCUCAUCUCAAAGAGUCUGCGGACAGAAACGUUCAUGAUGUAACCCACUGUCAGCCCCUCGCAGCGCUCUGGAUGAGCCUCCCGUGUUUCGUGCUCUUUUUUCGUGCGUGACUGUGUGCGUUUUCAUUCGUCCUCGUUACACAAAGUGUUUUUAAUUGCACCAGCAAAGUCGAGAUUGCAGUGUGACGCGCCGCAGACGAGACGAACCAGAGGUGUGGAUUUCAUUCGUUUUCACGUUUGUGUGAACAUGAGCUGGGCCCAGUUCAGACCUGGUGUUAACAGGCGUCCUGAUCGAUCGCGUCGCUAGUAGGCAGCAAACUCUUGAGAUCAAAUACAGUUUCUGCUGAUCUCUGUAAAUAAACACGGACAUCAUCCAAUCCGUGUCCAGUCCGUGCUGUUUGUUGCAUCUGUGUCCAGACGUUUAAGAGCUGUGAAAGCUGUAAAGUCUCAUUCACCGAAAGCACACGUGUUUAUUUAUUAUUUAUUUAUUUAUCUUCGCCCCUAGUUAUUUUGGAGGCCCCCACAAAUCGGAGUAAUCUCAUAAAACUGACACGGCCCUCUCAUAAUCGAUUAUUAGAAUAUGUUUAAUUUAUUGUUUACUCAGUUUACUGCAUUACAAGGACAGAAUCAUUUUUAAAAAGGCUCUCAUUACCUCAUUACAUUUU